UAAUGCACACGAGAGGCUACCAAGGGGUGUUUUCCGAGAAACUUGCACUUUCUUUAGGCACAAACAUUUCGUACAACCUGUGAAAGACAGCGUCAGAGUAGUGUUCUUCGCUAAAUAUUUUUACUGAGAUAAUGUCUUGCAGAGGCAAGGUUUCAAGUUCGAAAUAGCAUACUGAAAAUGGAGCUGAUGUUGAAAGCGGCAUAGAUGGAAACGAAAUUAAGCCAAAGGCAGGGCAAGAUAAAGGAACUCGGACAUUGGUUACAUCUUCCGACCCCCAAAAAAAUCAGGUUCUCUAUAAGCCCGAACCUAACGAGGAAGGAAAUAAGGGCGAAGGCGGUCAUGAGAAGUCGCAAUCAAGUUCAACCAAUUUUCGCAAGAAGGGACUAUUGCUUGCCACAGUUACAGUUGCAUGUAUUGCUGUAAUUGCCUACUUUGGUCUAGCUGAAGGUGACAUGAAGAGUAACUUUGACCUGGUGAAAGACUUUGGAGAUGAGGUUGACAAGUUUCAGUUGUCAUUCACUAAUCAGACUGACAGGUUCUGGAAGAUUUUAAAAUCUCGUGGAGUAGCUCAUCUACACGACAAGGAUCCCCUGCAACCACUGGUCUUCACACUGGCUGCACCUCCAGCAGCACAUGAAUGGGUGGAUUGCCUGGCCAUUCAGCUGGCAGAAAAGCUGGAUCCUAUACAUCGAAGAACUCUGGCCAGAAUUGAUGGUGAAAAAGAGAAAGGAAAUCCUCCAGAUACAACCAAAAAAACAAUGGACAGUUUCCUAAAGGAAAAAUUUGAGGCUGGUCACAGGGCAGCGCUCAUCCAUCACCUUGAGCUUCUUCCGCCACCUUCUCCACUUCUGUUUUAUUCUUAUUGUGAUGAUCAAAAUGCACCACAUAAGCAUGUGGCCAUUCUUUUUACUGUACAUAUGCCAGUAGAGCCCAGCCCAUCUCUGUCCCCGAAAGAAGCAGAGGAGAGUGUAGAGGAAUAUCUUUCAGGUGAGGUUUGGGCGAAGGUUGAUACGGAUGCAGUUGCUGCACUCCUAAGCCGCAUUGCUGACAUUGUGGUGCUCAUGAAUGGUGAAUCUAGUGGUUCAGCCAAGGAGCUUUGUUUGUAUUCUACUUAUUGACUGUUAGCAGUGACAGACAGGAUGAAUAAGCGAAUCCUUUUUACUCUGUCAAGCAUGUAGGAUACAAUAGAAUGUAGCAAAUUUAGAACUUUGUUUAUCAGGGGAUGUUGUCUUAGUUGAGCACUUUUCAGGAAUAGUCAACAAAGAAUGUAAAAUUCUCUGCCAGGGUAGUUACAAUUUAGAUCUAGAGUGUGAAAGGAGUAUUAUAAGUAACUGAAGUCAAAUAUGUAACAAUUGCUAGUUUCCUUUUCAUAACGGAAGUAUAGAUUAGCCUGGCAACUUUGGUUUAUUUUUUGUAACUAGAGACCAUUCAUAAAGUACAAUGCAGGGUUUACCACACAAUUCAGCAACUCAAUUAGCUUUUCUCUGUUAGUCAAAGCUAGACCUUUCAUAUUCAUGAAAAGACUGAUUAAAAGAUAGUUGAAAAGGCUACAAGGGAUAUCAAGGGAACCUUUUUUGGUCUAAAAUUUGUUACUUUGGGACAUUAAUUUUAAGUAAGAAAAUUUGAGGAACAACUAUGUAGGGUGACCUAGUUUUAUCAUAUGUACUAGAUUUAAUUUUAGGGCUCAAAGUUAAUAACAAGUAUUGCUUUUUGUGGCAGUUAGAUAUUAUCCUGACUACUGAAUGAUGUGCUAGAGUUUGCAAAGGCAAACGUGUGUCUCAGAUCUGUGUUUUAACCUUUAGUAGUGGAUAGCAUUUUCAUUACAACUCAACAGCCAUUAUAUUAUACCUUCAUUGUUUGAUAUUCUUUCUAACCACAAUCAAACUCUUAUCAUCAUGGCCAAUAUACCUCUUCAAGGAAGGGGAGCCAGUAUUGAUCUGUAGUUGUCUGAAAUUUGAUGUAAUAAAGGAAAUGAAGACUAAA